CACCAGGUGUCGCCAUCCCAGCUGGGCUCAGACUAGGGAAUCUCCUCCCUUUCCUUCGCACGUGGUUCAUGCAAAUGGCUGCUUGCAGAAGCAAUGGCUUGUAUCUAGGAAGUUUUUUAUUAGGGGGUGUUCCAUUUAUAUCCGUUGUUCUUCAUAGCCAUUAAGUUGCAAACCUUUUAGCUCUUGGGAGCUGGAAAAGGAUAUUGGGGACACUUGGAAGGAAGACCAAAACUCCAUCCCUGUGAGCUCUGUGAGCCAUCUCCUGACUGGAACUACACUCUCCAACAAUGGCUGAAGGUGGACCGGAUGGCAGCCAACCUCCCCGGGAACCUCCCCGCAACCUCCAGGGCUUGCUGCAGAUGGCAGUGACUGCAGGAAAUGCUGAACCUGGUCCAACGGAGCCCAUGUCUGAUGAGCGGAGACAGUGGUUACAGGAGGCAAUGGCAGAGGCAUUCCGGGGACAAAUGGAUGAGAUUGAACAAAUGAAAGAAUGCCUUCGGCAGUUGGAAGCUUCAACUCCUGGAACUGAAAGUGGGGAGAGUUCAGAUGAGGCACAGUCAGAUCUCGUGCGGCGAGAGGGUGCUUUAGACCUCCUGGCAGAGUUGUGUGAAAACCUGGAUAAUGCUGCAGACUUCUGCAAACUGGAAGGCAUGCGACUGCUGGCACACCGAUACCUGGAGCAUGAGGAGCAAGAGCUGCGCUGGCGAGCUGCCCAUCUGGUGGGCACCUGUGCCCAAAAUGUGCCCAAAGUCCAAGAGCAGGCCCUGGCGCUGGGGUGUAUGAGGAAGCUGCUGCGGCUCUUGGACCAUGAUCCCAGCGAGGCUGUCCGGAUUAAGGCCCUAUUUGCUAUCUCCUGUUUGGUUAGAGCCCAGGAGACUGGUCUGCAGCAAUUCCUACAUCUUGAUGGGUUCUCAGUCCUCAUGAGGGCCAUGCAGAGCAAAGUGCAGAAACUGAAGGUGAAAUCUGCUUUCCUCUUGCAGAACCUUCUCAUAGAUCACCCAGAGCAGAAAGAGACUCUGUGUUCCAUGGGAAUGGUCCAGCAGUUGGUGGCCCUUAUCCGUUCUGAACAUAGCACCUUCCACGAACAUGUAUUGGGAGCUUUGUGCAGUCUUGUAACAGAUUUCCCUCAAGGUGUGCAAGAAUGCCAAGAACCAGAGUUAGCACUUGAGGAACUGUUAAAAGAGCGAUGCAAGCUACUAAAGGAUCAGGAAGAAUUUCAGGAGGAGUUGGACUUCUGCGAGACAUUGCUGCGCCUUUGCUUCUACAAUCAACCUGAUGAAAGCAACAUGGAUCGGUAACUUUGCUUCCCCUACUCCCACCCAGCACUGUGGAAGUUCAUGCUUUAACCGUUGGAGCUGUGUCAGUUGGAGACACUUGGUGGGAAACGCCCAUGUUUUUCCUUGCAUAGACUGAACUGGCAACAGGCUGGAGUCGCAGAAGACCUCUGGAACGAAACAUAGAACACGUUAGCCUCAUGAUCAGCAGGAAGACACUUUCAUAACCUGUUGCUGUGUAAUUUCCUCUUCCCCAUCCUAUGGAAGCAAAUGUCUACUGCCCCCAUCCAAACUUUAUUGUGACAGCCUCCCUUCCAAGUAGCCAAAGAGCCAGCAUUUGUAGGUGGCUGUUAACAUCUGUGUGUUUAAAUUGGGAAAUCCAUCCUAUUUCCUGUCAUCAUACUGCUUUUUUUGAGAAACAAGAUACUUAGUAGGGGAUGGCCGUUGGGGAGAGCAGCAGGUGGAAUUGUGUGCCUUUUAAUUUCUUUGUCUUAGUUUCAGGGCAUGAAUUCAGAUGAAUUUCAAGAAUUUUCGCUUUAGAUGUAGCACUGUCAUAGAUGGGAACUGGCUGCUCUAAAGACAAAAAUACUGGUUUACUUAAUUGGGGAGCAUCUGUUCAAAGGGACAGAGUGUGUGAAAGGCACCUUUUUAGACUGCAACUUCCAGAAUCUGCUAGUCAUGCCCUCUGGAAAUAUUUUGGGAGCUGUAGUGCAGAAAAGUGACUUCCAUGCACUCUAGGCAAGGGCAUCUGCUUAUGUGAUUGUUCAGGACUUAUAUUUUCACCCAUGACUAUUAAAAAUAGAUAUCCAAAUAGGUCAAAUUGAGAAAAAUUAUACAAACUGAAGUCUGCAAAAGAGAAUAAGGUUGUAAAAGAGACCAGCUGUGAAAGAGAAUAGGGCUCCUGUACUAGUUGCCCAAAAGUGUGUUACUUUUUGUGGCCAGUAAAAGGUGCAGGAACCCUGUCCUGUUGGACAUUUGACCACCCUAGUUGGAGAUGAUAUUUAUUCCUUGCCCCCGCUUAAUGAUUUAUGACAGCUAGGUAUAUUCCAACAGCUUGUAUUUCCCAUCACUAUUGUCUGUUGUUGCUGCAUUCUGCUUAUGUUUUGUUCUAUUUUUUAAAAAGAACAAGUUGGCUUUGG